AUGCUCCGACGCCACCGAGUCGCGCGGCUGCGUGCGCGCGGGACGCGGCCCAUGUCGCUCCUGGGCUCUAUCUUUGGCAUUGGCGAGUUUGAGGGCGCGCGCAACACGUCCCUGAGCCGUACCACGAGCAAGCAGCAGGCCUACGACGUCGCGCUACUCGACUACGUGAGCAUGAACUCGCACCCCAAGUUCAUGCUGCAAGAAGUGCUGGCCAAGAACGAGCCAUUUAUCAUGGGCCAUGUCCUGGUAGGUACGAGUCAGUGGCUCGCGCCGCUCGUGCAUCAAGACGCUCUGGAUGCUGUAGCGAGUCUGCAAGUCGCGACUCGGAUUGCUAAGCACGGAGGGACGACGAUGGCCGAGACGUUGCACGUGAAGGCACUGGACGCGAUGGUGCAUGGUCGUUAUUACCAAGCAGCUGCACUGUAUGAGACCAUCUUGUUGCUCGACCACACAGAUCUUCUGGCAUUGCGCUGCUGUUAUGACGUCUAUCGAUUUCUCGGGGACUACAAGAAUCUGCUAGCGACGGUGACACGUCGUUUGACGUCCUGGUCUCCGAGUGAUGUUGGAUACAGCCAUCUGCUGGGUAUGCAAGCGUACGGCAUGCAAGCUGCUGGACGGCUGGAUGCAGCAGAAGCUAUGGCUGAGAAAGCGUUGUCCAUGAAUGGCAAUGAUCGCUGGGCAUUGCACACUAUGCUGCAUGUAUUAGAAGCACGAGGCAAUGCCAAUCACGGCGCGAGUUAUGCAAAUCAAUUUAAGGCACGGUUCGACAACGGGGGACCACUAGAGCGCCAUUUGUACUUUCAGUGGGCAUUGUACAUGCUGGACCUAGGCCAUUACGACCGUGUCGACAAGAUGCUGGAAGUCAGCAUUUUCCCUCGCCAGCCUGAAGGCGUCCCACAUGCAGUACCGACUCUUUGCGAUGCGACCCAGCUCUUCUGGAGACUACGCUUCGCAGGCGAGGACAGGGUCGAGCUGGGAGAAGAGCUCUUCCAGAGCUGGUCUGCUGUGCUUCCGCCGACAAGCUCCGAUGUGGAAGAAGUGUCGAAGGCUCAUCUUUCGCCGCUCGCGAACGUGCUCCGCUACAGUAUCAUGUCAUGCGUGUCAUCGAGCGAUACACCGCUACCCGAACCGCUGGUGCCGAAACUUGACGUCGAUGUUGGUUGCCUGGAGUCUCAGUUAGGCCUAACGUUGUAUCAGUUUAGCUUUCCUCCUGUCCCAGAUGAGCUGAAGCAAGUGUAUACUCAUGUUUGCGAAGGAUUCCGAGCGUAUGCAGAGGGUCGAUUUAGCGAUGCAACUCAAGCGCUGUUGCCUGUGCGUGGAAAGCUCGGACUGCUCGGUGGCAGCGAAGCAGAUCAAGAUGUGGUAGAACAGCUCCUUGUCGAGUGCGCCAGCAAGUGCGAUGACCUUCGACUCGUGAAGCUCCUGCUAAACGAACGGUUGGGUGCGAGACCACAAAACGCCCAGUGUUGGCACACCUUUUCGCGCGUAUCUGCAGCCAUGGGCGACUCUUCUGCCGUGCGUGAUGCUCAGGGCAUGAGCUACGUGCUGGGACUAGGUCGAGGCGGCAACCAGACGUACUAG